AUGGGACGUACGCGUCCGCGCGCGUGCUUGGAGCGGCCUCCGUUCCUGCGCUUGAAGGGCAUGGUGGCAGACAGAUAUGUUGCAGAUCCGGAAAGGCUGAGUUGGCGAUUAUACAACCACCAAAAUUGCAGUCCGAUAUUUGGAUGCGCAGAAUUGAGUGAGCAAGGCCGCGGAGACUCUGUGGGAACCGACAAUACGCGUCCCCCCACGGCGGUCGGAGGGCCGCUUACACCUCAACCAAAAACGGGAGGAACUGAUUACACAAUGAAUCGUGAUACUGGCUAUUUUAGAGCCAAGUAUCAAAUUGGACAGACAGUACGACCAGAGCCACGCGCUGACACAGACUGCCGGCAGGAACCUGCCGGGGAGGAAUUUUACGCCUCCGACCAGGACGACGCCGACGAGGCGUUCGUGCGCGACACAUUCGGUCUCGAGGAGGGUACUUCUGACGGCGUGCUUUGCUGCCCUGGGUGUUUCACCCCUAUAUGCUACAAGUGUAGGAUAAACGCCUCUGGCAACUUCGAAUCCAGUGAGGCGGUAAAUGUGUCUGUGGAAUCUGGCGCUGCGGAUGGCGAUUCCACCGUCAGCGAGGUUGCCGUAGACGACUCGCUCAGCAACAAGCGUCGCGCCGACGACAAAGCGCCGUCGGAGGGCGGUCACGUCGCGCGAUGCGAUGAGUGUCGACAUAUUGUUGCCUUUGUGGACGACAGAGGCACCUACCACUUCCGACGGGUCAUCGCCAGUCCGCCGUGA